GAAACGCCGCCAUGGUGCAAGUUGAGAAGAUUUUCGCAUUGCCAUGGACUUCGCGGCGAAGCGCCUAAGGAAGGAAUACAUCGAUCUGCAGAGCAAUCCCAUCGACAACAUCGAAGCCGUGCCGCUGGAGUCAAGCAUCCUCGAGUGGCAUUAUGUGAUUCGCGGCGUGGGGGUGUACGACGGAGGGUACUACCAUGGAAAAGUGAUCUUUCCGACCGAGUACCCGUGGAAACCCCCGUCAAUAUACAUGCUGACGCCGAACGGGCGCUUCAAGACGAACAAGAGGCUGUGCUUGAGCAUGUCAGACUACCAUCCCGAGUCAUGGAACCCAGCGUGGAACGUCGGCACGAUCCUCGUUGGUCUGUUUUCGUUUAUGAACGAGCAAACGCGAACCACGGGAAGCAUUGAAUCGUCGCGCGACGACAAGAGGAAACUGGCGGACGCGAGCUUGGCCUUCAAUUGCCAUCCACAGAACACUGUAUUUCGAGACACGUUUCCACAUUACGUCGAGAAAUACCACGACAUGGAAAAUUACUUUGUCGACGACGAAAUCAAGGCACUCGUGGAGGCGGAAAUGCUCAAAUGGUAGUACUCCAUCAAAGACCGUACCAUACACACUAGUUCAAAUCGAAAAUUGCUACGUGAAACGAACCAAGAUCGCACACCUUCUAACUGUGCAGAUAAGUGUUUAUAACGUUAUAUAUAUAUUAACAUUGUUACAGUA